AUGUUGAUUUCUAAAUGGAAAGGCAGCUUAUACAAACUGGUCUGGGUCGAUUUACUGAUCUACAUCUUGGCCUAUUAUGUGCUCAAUUUGUCCUAUCGGUUUGCCAUGAACGAGAGUCAGAAGCGAAUUUUCGAGGAAAUCGUGGAAUUUUGCGAGAAGACCAAAGGUGAUAUUCCCAUCUCUUUCCUACUCGGAUUUUUCGUGGCCGGUAUCAUCACUCGCUGGUAUCGAAUGUACAUGUACAUACCGUGGAUGAACGAGGUUGCUUUGCAUGUCGCGGUCAGUGAUGAUGAUGAUGAUGAUGACGAUGAUGAUGACGAUGAUGGCGACGAUGAUGAUGAAGUAUCAUCGUGGGAAAUGAAAGCUCUUUCAGUGCUCUUCACUGGCCUGAAAAUCCUUAAAAUUAAGGAUUCAGGAUAUUUCGUUGGUUGUUAUUAA